CGUGCUGUCAGUUUCGCGGUGAAAGGAAAAAUGGCAGGCCUCGUAUCGAGUUUGGUUAAGGAAACACUUCCAAAUUAUCUCUCAAAUCUCCCUCUUCCUGACUCCUUUGGAGGAUGGUUCCACCUGGGAUUUAAGGACUGGCUGGCCCUGGUGCCCCCAACAGCCUUUCUUGCCGGAAUCGGGUACAUGUCAUAUCUGGCGUUCUGCCCUCACGGUCGUCCCAAGCCCAGCGGCCAGGCCAAUCAGAAGAUCCGCAAGAGUGAGCCAAAGGUCGUGGAUACGAUUGAUAUAGAGGACAUUGCUGAGAAGGCAGCCUUCUGUCGGUGCUGGAAGUCCAACAAUUGGCCUUACUGUGACGGCUCGCACGGGUCGCACAACAAAGAGACGGGCGACAAUCUGGGUCCGGUGGUGGUGAGGAAGAAAGGCAACUAAGGAACCUCCUCCUGCCCCACUUUCCCCUUCAACGAAUUUGAUUUUGGCCCCAGGAGGUGCGGGAUGUAGUUGAAUAUUCGAAUGCCCCAGCCUUUAGUUAAGUAAUUCCGCGCAAUUUUCCUACGAAAUUACCUUUUUUUCCCGCAACGUAAGUCAGAGAGAGAGGUGCCGUCCUCACAAAUCCAUAGGAUUAAAUGAGCCAGUCGCUAUUGGAAUGAUCACUGGGAUGCAUUAUUGAUAUUACGUUUUUGGCAUUUGCAAUAAACAAAAAUUAUUUGCUUAAAAUACUGUAGUGAAUUGGGUGAUUUCUUUUUUUCUAGAGAGUAAAUAAAGGUCAAAUGUUGAAUUUAA